CUCCACUCCACUGCCAGCGCGACACCUCUGUAUCUGUACCUACCUAUCCAUGGCAAAACGACCUAACUAAACCCCCUCAACGACGACAAACACAGAUCAAAAUAGAUGUUGUCGUUCAUCAGAUUGAGCCGAUCGUCUCUGCGACGCACAGUCGCAGGCGCCGGUGGUUUCUACUUCCGCCGUCGGCAUAUACCUCCCGCUCUGAUUACGGUCACCAGAAGUGGAGUCCGAAUACACCCUUUUGCCCAGCUCCUCCGCCACAAUUGCGACGGCCCAACCUUCGAUGGUGAUAGAAAUGGCGGAGGAGAGUACGAUAACAUUAGGGCUGAAGUGAAUUGCCCUCGUUGCUCCAAUAAAAUGACUGUCAUCUUUUCGAACCGGCCACUGUCGAUUACGGGUCGAGAGAUGGGAGUUUUCCAGGCGGUUAACCUCUGCCCCAAUUGCAAGACCGCCUUCUACUUCAGACCCUUAAAGCUUGAGCCUUUACAGGGAAGCUUUAUUGAGAUUGGUAGAAUUAAGGGUGCAAAUGCCGUCUCAGUCUCGGUUUCAGCUUCUGAUAGGGAUUCGGCUAAAGACGGCGAUAGGUUUCGGAGAGGUGUCUGUGCUACUGAAACUGCGUCGUGUGAGGAGGAGAAUGACAAUCGGUGUGGGUUGGGGAAGGAUUUGAGUUUGCCCACUCCUAAAGAGAUUUGCAAGGCCCUUGAUGAAUUUGUUAUUGGCCAAGAGAAAGCCAAAAAGGUGCUUUCUGUGGCUGUUUACAAUCAUUACAAGAGAUUACAUCAUGCCUCUGAGCUGAAAAGGUUGAAGGUACAAUCUGGUAGCUGUAAAGGUGAAAAUGAUGACAAUGAUUCUGUUGAAUUGGAGAAGAGCAACAUAUUAUUGAUGGGUCCCACCGGUUCAGGGAAGACCUUACUUGCAAAAACUCUGGCUCGUGUUGUGAAUGUUCCUUUUGCUAUUGCUGAUUCAACGACAUUAACACAGGCUGGUUAUGUUGGGGAAGAUGUUGAAUCGAUAUUGUAUAAACUACUCGUGGAAGCUGAAUUUAAUGUGGAAGCAGCCGAGAAAGGAAUUGUCUACAUUGAUGAAGUUGAUAAGAUAACUAAAAAGGUCGAGAGCUUAAGCAUUGGCAGGGAUGUAUCGGGAGAGGGUGUUCAACAGGCAUUGCUUAAAAUGUUGGAAGGAACUGUUGUGAGUGUUCCCGAUAAAGGAUCUCGGAAGCAUCUUCGUGGUGAUACUAUUCAGAUUGAUACGAGGAAUAUCCUAUUCAUAUGCGGUGGAGCAUUUGUCAAUUUGGAGAAGACUAUUUCAGAAAGAAGGCAAGAUUCUUCCAUUGGCUUUGGAGCUCCUGUUCGGACAAACAUGCAGAGUAGUACAAUGACUCAUUCUUUGGUGACAUCAUCAUUGUUGGAAUCUGUAGAGAGUGGGGAUCUUAUUGCCUAUGGCUUGAUACCUGAAUUUAUGGGACGACUACCAAUAUUGGUGUGCUUGUCAGCAUUAAAUGAGGACCAGCUUGUACAGAUCCUCACAGAACCAAAAAAUGCCCUUGGCAAACAGUACAAGAAGAUGUUCAGCAUGAACAGUGUAAAGCUGCAUUUUACUGAGAGUGCUUUGAGGUUGAUCGCAAAGAAAGCAAUGGCGAAGAACACCGGUGCUCGAGGUUUAAGAUCCAUACUAGAAAAUAUUCUUAUGGAGGCAAUGUUUGAGGUUCCAGACACUGAGAACCACAUUGAUGCUGUCGAUACUGUUUUGGUUGAUGAAGAAGCAGUUGGAUCAGUUCAUUCUCCAUGCAAAGGGGCAAAAAUUGUCCGCCGUGAUAGUGCAUUUGAGCAAAAUCUUCACAAAACAAAGUCGAAAGAGCCUACGGUAGAAUGGCUGGUAGGUGAGGGUGAACAACUACAAAGAGAAUCAGAGAUUGAGUCAAGAGCUAUGAGCUUGUAACUUUUUUUUUUUAAAGGACUAUGAAUUUGUCAGUUGAAUAGUAUGUGUAUAAGUAAUUUAUACAGAGACUUUGUUAAUUUGUAAAUGGUAUACUGUCUUUAUGAGUUCAUGGAUCACAUACUAUUUAGAUCAAGGGAAAUAUGUUAAACAAAUACUCGACUCAAAGUCGACUCAUUUUAUAAGGAAAAUUUACCGAUUGGACCGUA